AAGAUGGCCUAUCACAAAGUGAAUGCGGACCAGAGAACCCAGGGCCAAUACCUUGACAGUGAUGACCUCCAGGCCACAGCGCUAGAACUGGAAUGGGACAUGGAAAAAGAGCUGGAGGAGCCUGGCUUUGACCAUUUCCGACUCGAUGGUGCAGUCCAGCAUCAUCUGGGAAACUCAGAGAGCCCUGACCUCGAUCUUGAGCCCAUCCAGCCAUCAGCUUCUCCUAAGGGAAGAUUCCAGAGACUUCAGGAAGACCCUGAGUACAUCUCGCACUAUUCAAGACAGUCGCCAAAGAGCCACCGCUGCAGUUUUUUUCAGAUACUGAAAGUAUUUUGUGCUGCGUUGAUUUUAUUUAUUUUUGGAAUUAUGAUAGGAUAUUAUGCGGGCAAGAAAUGCCCUUCUCCUCCAGCAUCUCCAGAACCAAAUAAUCCUCAGAACUACCACGAAAUCCUCAAGGAAAUCAAAGCUGAAAAUAUUCAGCAAAUAUACAGAGAGUUGUUACAAUCCCCUAGAGAAGAUGAUGUAGACGCUGCAAUGAAAAUUUUGCUCCAGUGGACUUCUCAUGGCCUUGAAGAUGUCCAGCUGGUAAAUUACUCUGUUUUGCUCGACCUACCAGACUCUUCUUCAAACACGAUAACUCUGAAAAACAGUGGUGAAUGUUUUUAUCCUGAUGGACAGCGGUGCAGCAAAGUGACCAAAACACUUCAUAGCCAAGACCUCCUGUACUCAUACGCAGCUUACUCUGCCAAAGGAACUCUUGAGGCAGAACUUGUUGAUAUACAGUAUGGGACCAUAGAAGACUUGAUGCGAAUUCAAACCGCUACAAAUGUGACCAAAAAAAUUGCACUUCUGAAGCUAGGACAAUCACCUUUACUUUAUAAGCUUUCUUUGUUAGAAGACGCAGGGUUUGGUGGUGUUCUUCUUUAUGUCGAUCAUUGUGAUUUACCAAAGACUACAGAUCUUGCUGAUAAAGCUUUUAUGGUUUCCUUGAAUAGUGGAGGAGAUCCAUCGACACCUGGCUAUGCCAGUAUUGAUGGAAACUACAGGCAACAUCGACUGAACCUCACUGCACUGUUAGUGCAACCAAUUUCUGCAGCACUUGCCAAAAAACUUGCUUCGAUACCUGAGAAUGGAGUCCAAAAAGACAAGUGUGUACCUGUGCAAAUGUCAAGUACAGACAAAAAAAUAAUCAGUCUCAGUAUUCAGUCAGUCACAACGUACAAGACAAUUUCUAAUGUUAUUGGAUAUUUGAAAGGAUCUGUAUUUCCUGACAGAUACGUCAUCAUUGGUAGUCAUCACAGCAGUUUGAAUACUUACAGUGGACAAGAAUGGGCCAGUAGCACUGCUAUCAUAACAGCAUUUAUACAGGCCUUGAUGCUAAAAGUUAAGAGAGGAUGGAGAACUGACCGGACCAUUGUGUUCUGCUCCUGGGGAGGAACAUCGUUUGGGAACAUCGGUUCAUACGAGUGGGCAGAGGAUCUCAAGAGAGUUCUUCAGAGAAACGUUGUGGCUUAUGUUAGCCUCCAUAAUCCAGUCAGAGGCAAUUCAACUUUACAUCCUAUCGCAUCCCCUUCUCUUCAGCAACUGGCAGCAGAGAGUCAGAGCAUCAACUGUGUGGAAAAGAUGAAAUGUCCAGCAUCUAAUGUGAGUUCUGUGCAGACACAGGGAGAUUCCGAUUACUUCAUCAACCAUCUUGGAGUACCUGCAAUGCAGUUUUCUUAUGAGGAUAUCAACACAUCAGAGAAUUCUAGCUUUCUCUCUGAAGCUCUUUUUCCAAUGCACGCGACGAGAACUGAAGAGCUGGAUCCCUCCUUCAAACUGCAUGAGAACGUUGCAAAGUUUUCAGGACAUGCCACUUUGCAAAUUGCCAAUGAACCAGUUUUGCCGUUUAAUGCCCUCGACAUCGCUCUGGAAGUUCAGAACAGUCUGAGAGUGUUCCUAGGUGAAGAAGUAGAUGCUUCUCAAUUGCUUGCAGUGGCAUCACGCCUGAGGGACACUGCAGAAUUGUUCCAAUCAGAUGAGAUGCGCCCAGCGAAUGAUCCGAGGGAGAGAGCUCCUAUCAGAGUCAGGAUGCUCAACGAUGUGCUGCAAAGCCUGGAGAAAAGCUUCUUGGUUCAGCAAGCUCCUCCAGGACUUUACAGAAAUAUUCUUUACAGGCUAGAUGAAAGAACAAGCCAGUUCUCAGUACUGCUAGAGGCACUGGAGCACUGCAAACUACAUCAGUCAAAUGUGACCAUUCAAGCAGCCUUGUCAGAGGUGCUGAACAGCAUCAGUUCAGCUCAGGUUUACUUCAAAGCAGGACUUGAUGUUUUUGAGACUACCUUAGCUGGAAAGAAAUGAGAGAAUUGUCUGCAUUCCAAGACAUUUGUUUACAACUCACUAAACAAAAGUUCGACUUGGACCAGAACUUCUCUGAGGAUAAAACCUUUCUCAACUUUUCUUUCAGUUGGCGCUUAAAUGUAAUGCAAUGUGUGUUUUUAUAAACA